GGCGCAGGCCGCCGUCGUCGCCGCUGCCGCCUCAGCGGGGCCUGGAGGGGCGCCCCCGCCCCGGCGCCGCCAUGGGAGACUCGGGACGGGCCGCCGCCGCCGCCGCAGGACCCGACUGCAGGAGUCCGGACAGUUCUUCUCUCAGCUCGUCCCCCCCGCCUGAGCCUUCAGCCCCGCUGCACCCUUCUAUGAUCGGCUCUGCCAUGACCACCUCCCUUGGUGGACUGGGCUCCCCGUUCCCCGUCAUCAGCUCUUCCAUGGGCUCGCCCGGCCUCCCUGCCACUCCCUCCAUCGGCUAUGGGCCUGUCAGCAGCCCCCAGAUUAACUCCACAGUGAACCUCUCGGGCCUCCAUUCAGUCAGCAGUUCGGAUGAUGUGAAGCCCCCACUGGGAAUGAGGGUGGUGUCUGGCCACACCCACGGCAGCAUGAUGCCCGGCAAGCGCCUCUGUGCCAUCUGUGGCGACCGGUCGUCAGGGAAGCACUACGGGGUGUACAGCUGCGAGGGUUGCAAAGGGUUCUUCAAGCGCACCAUCCGGAAGGACCUGACCUACACCUGCCGCGACAACAAGGACUGCAUUGUGGACAAGCGCCAGCGCAACCGCUGCCAGUACUGCCGUUACCAGAAAUGCCUGGCCACCGGCAUGAAGCGCGAAGCGGUGCAGGAAGAGCGCCAGCGUGGCAAGGACAAGGAAGGGGAGGGGGACUUGGCUGGGGGAGGUGCCAACGAGGACAUGCCCGUGGAGAAGAUCCUGGAAGCCGAACUGGCCGUGGAGCAGAAAUCGGACCAAAGCGUCGACGGAUCCGGCACGGGGGGCAGCUCGGUGAGUUGGGGUUGUGGUGCUGCGGGAUCAGAACGCUCGCCCCGGACCUUUGGCGCAACCGAGCCGAAUGACCCCGUGACGAACAUCUGCCAGGCAGCCGACAAGCAGCUCUUCACGCUGGUGGAGUGGGCGAAGCGCAUCCCCCACUUCUCAGAGCUGCCCCUCGAUGACCAAGUCAUCCUGCUGAGGGCGGGCUGGAACGAGCUGCUGAUUGCCUCCUUUUCCCACCGCUCGAUCUCGGUGAAGGAUGGGAUUUUGCUGGCCACAGGGCUCCACGUGCAUCGCAACAGCGCCCACAGUGCGGGCGUCGGCGCCAUCUUUGACAGGGUGUUGACAGAGUUGGUGUCAAAGAUGCGAGACAUGCGGAUGGACAAGACAGAGCUGGGCUGCCUCCGCGCCAUCAUCCUCUUCAACCCAGAUGCCAAAGGGCUCUCGAACCCAGGCGAGGUGGAACUGCUGCGGGAGAAGGUGUACGCCUCGCUUGAAUCCUACUGCAAGCAGAAGUAUCCGGAGCAGCAGGGCAGGUUUGCCAAGCUGCUCCUGCGUCUUCCCGCACUGAGGUCCAUCGGCCUGAAGUGCCUGGAGCACCUCUUCUUCUUCAAGCUCAUCGGGGACACGCCCAUCGACACGUUCCUCAUGGAGAUGUUGGAGGCCCCCCACCAGCUGUCUUGACCCCCUCCUCCAAGAAUCAUCGGCGGGGCUGGGGGCUCUGCAGGAACACGCCCUGUCCUGGACUGGCACCACCAAGAUCUACCCCCCUCCUCGAUGCUGCAGCCCCCUCCCUGCCUUGUGUCCCCCACUCUGCCAGACCCAGGAGGCCGCCUUCUGAAGGGGGGGUGGGGGGUCCUUCUUGGACAGCUGGACUUUUGGUGGGGGACAGGCAUCUUGGCUGGUGCGGAACACUGCAAGGGGCAUCUUGGCUGGCCUCCCUUCAGCCUGGCGCACUCCAAGCUUUAGGCUUUGUUAGGAGGAAGCCGCCGCCGCCCCCCCCCCCUGUGGGUGGGGGAAGGCUGUCUGCUCACACUCCCUUCGGACAUGCUCACAAAUCAGGUGUAAAGGUACGAUGUUUCAGGGAGCAGGGGGGGGACACAAGUGUGGGGGGUCCCUUUGUGCUUUGGGAGGAGGAGGAGGAGGAAGGGGGACCCCACGGCAUGUUUUAGGAACGCUCCCUCUUUAGCCACAGCUAUGAAUAGUUGGAUUGCGUUUUCCUGGCGCAGGAGUGGGGGGGGGAGUCUGGGUUUUAAGCCAAUUGCCUGUUACUUCAGAAUGGAGGUGGGGGGGAAUCUCCUUUCUGCUCCUCCUCAUGGGCUUUUAAGAAUGGUUUUAAGGUAUUGGGAUGCGGCUGGAGGGGGAGGAGUCAACGGUUCUAGGGUGGUUUCUUAGGUGUGUCGUCCCCCCCCCCCAAUUCUAAUCCCUGCUCCCUGCCCUGCCUCCAGUUUAGCACUUUGAACGCGGCUUGUUCCUCAACUAUGCAAGUAGGUUUGGGGAUGUAGGAUAUUUUGAGUCUGUUGUCUGUGUGGGUGUGAGAACGCUCCAGGCCCAAAGAGGAGGGCUCAGUCUCUGAACAUUGGGGAGCAGGGGUGUGCGAGGGGCUUGAAUUAACAUGGGGGUUCUGUUGGAGUUUAUGGGGGAGGCAUUGUGUCCCCCCUUCCCCCCCUUCCCCCCCCCCCAAGGUGGCUGAAUAGCAGACCCCUCUCCACUGACACUUAGCCUUCCUACUCAAGGCUCCCCGAUUGGGGGUGGCAGCAGGGUGGGUUAAAAAGGGGGAGAAGGGAACAGGCUCCCCCCCCGAGGAAGGGGGUCCCCUCCAUGCUAUCUCUUGCUCCCCGUCUCUCUUCAGCAUGCCCCUCUGCUUUCACUGCUUCUCUCCCCGCCUGUUAAUUGGACUUCUGUUUAUCUCUUCCGCCCCUCCCCCCAUUGCUUUUGGAUUAUGUGUUUUAAUAAAAGCUGCUCUUUCCAGAGGCCCCCCUUC